UUCGCAUUACGCAUAAUUUCUUGCUUCGCGGGAAAAUCUUCUGCUACGUGCGAAAACGAAGCUCGUCAAUUGCUAAUUGUCGAUCAAUUAUGUCUGCGUAAUUGACAAAUAGCAAUCGUGAUCUUAUCUAUCUUGCGAUUUAUCAGCAAAAAUGCCGCGGGACAUAAGAUCCUAUUUUACGUCGAUUGCAAGUUCUCAGAAAAAGAAGAGCGAACCCGUUGCUCCAAAAUCUCAAAAGAGACGUGUAAUUUCGUCGGAUGAGGAUGAAGAGAAGUCAAAGUCAUCCAUAAAACGCUCCAAGAUUGUACAAAAAAAACCGACAAAAGUAUCUGUCUUAUCUGACUCUGAUGAUGAUAUCGUCGAAAUCAAGAAAGAUUUUGCAAAAACAGCAGCAAGUAAGAAAAAUGAGAGUGAAAAGCCACGUGAAGCAAUUUCUACCAAUGAACUGUUUGGCAAAAGGCCAGUAACGAGAGUAGAAGAGACAAAAGUGAAGCAAAAAUUACUGAAACUGGAAUCUGAAUUUCACAAUGAUGAUGAUUUUGAUGCUGUACUUAAACAAUUGGACACUUCACAGAAUAUGAUAAUACAAGAUAUUAAAAAAGAUAAAGUUAAUACUGAAAAUGUAAAUAUUUCCAAGAAUUCUGAAGCAACAAUUAAAACAGUUUCUAAUGAAAGCAAGAAACAUGAUUUGAAAGAUAAUGGAACAAGUAAAAAUUCAACAAAAACUAAAGAAAUGAAAAAAUCUCCCAGUAAAAAUAAUGUACAUACGAAAAUUAUAACUUCUCCUUCUAAAGAAAAGUUAAAACUGAAAAAAAAUAUCUCUACUGAAGAUUUAAGUACAAAUAAUAAAUGUAGUGAUGACAAAUCUAAAAAACUAAACUGGAACAAUUUGGAAAUAAAUAUCUCAAAGCCUAUUUCUGCUGUAAAGGAAAAUGAAAAUUUAAAAAAACAAUCACCAGGUAAAAGAAAAACCAAAACAGACAAUUUAUUUGAAGAAAGGAUAGAAAAGAAGAAACAACGUUCUGCAAUGUAUGAAAAAUAUCUUCAAAGAGGCGGUGCUAGAAAUCCUGGUUCAAAAGAAAUUCCUAUAGGAGCACAGAAUUGUUUAGCUGGUCUAAGUUUCUUGCUCACUGGUGUGUUUGAUUCUCUGGAAAGAAAUGAAGCUGAAGAUUUAAUACAAAAAUAUGGCGGCCGUACUGUGAAUUCUGUUUCGGGCAAAGUUUCUUAUAUCGUAGUAGGAGAUGAGGCUGGUCCAUCAAAAUUGGCAAAGGCUAAUAGUCUCGGUAUCAAGCAAAUAUCCGAAGAUGAUCUUCUAGAAAUGAUUCGCACAAGACCAGAAGGUAAAGCUGAGGCUGUUAAACCAUUAAUAACAAAGGCAAAAUCAAAAAAACUAUUGAAUAAAUUUGAGGAGGAUAAAUCGCCAUCAUCAAACAAAGCAAAAUCAGCACCAACAGGUUCAUAUGAACUUUCUGAAAAAGUAAAGACACCACCAUGUGCACUGAUGAAAACUUCGCCAUCGAUACCAAAGCAGACAUCGAAUGUGAGCAGUUGUUCACAAGAGGUAAACUUAGAGACAACUUCAAGUAUCAGUUCACAACCAUUAGUCGAAAAGUACAGACCUAAAACUAUGAAACAAAUUAUAGGCCAGCAAGGAGAUAAAAGCUGCGCACACAACUUGUAUGUGUGGUUACGCGAUUGGGAUAAAAAUCGCCAAGAUCCAAAAUUCAAAAAUAGCAGUAGCAAACAAACCCAAGGACAAAGUUUUAAAGCUGCUUUGUUAUCGGGUCCACCAGGCGUUGGUAAAACAACAACUGUACAUGUUGUGUGUAAAGAAUUAGGGUACGAUAUUAUAGAAUUCAAUGCUUCCGACACGAGAAACAAGACGCUCCUGAAAGAAGCAGUCUCAGGAUUAUUAUCCAAUACUACAAUGAAAGAUUAUGUCACUGGUAGUAAACAAAAGAUCACAAACAAGCAUGUACUGUUGAUGGACGAAGUCGAUGGCAUGGCUGGCAACGAAGAUCGUGGUGGCUUACAGGAAUUACUUGGUUUAAUAAAAAAUACCGAUGUACCAAUUAUCUGCAUCUGCAAUGAUCGAUUUAACACAAAAGUAAAAUCUAUUUCCACACAUAGCUACGAUCUGAGGUAUCACAAGCUCAGAGUGGAACAGAUCAGGAGUUCCAUGAAAUCCUUAUGCUUUAAAGAGAAUAUUAAGAUAUCGACGGAAGAUCUGGAUCGUCUAAUCGAGUCGACAAAUCAUGAUAUUCGACAAGUAAUAAAUCAUCUCGAGUUUCUAAGCGGUCAAGCACCUCACAUAGAGGCGUCUGACAAGAAGCAUUCGAAUAAAAAUUUCAAACUUAGCCCAUUUGACGUCGCAAAAGCAGCAUUUAACGCGGAAGAGCAGAAGAAUAUGAGUCUGAAUGAUAAGAUUGGUUUAUAUUUCCACGAUUACAACAUAGCACCUCUUUUUAUACAAGAAAAUUACCUAAGUGUCAGAUCUCAAGUGCCACUUGUUCAGAGACUGGACAAGAUCGCUGAAGCAGCAGACAAUAUAUCCCAAGGAGAUCUCGUUGAGAAGGCGAUGAGAAGCAAUAUGAUGUGGAGUCUGCUUCCUUUGCAUGCUUGUUUCUCGUUCGUUAUACCAGCUAACGAAAUGUCAGGGAGUCUUGAUGGGUUGGUGCGUUUUCCAAGCUGGUUUGGACGUAAUUCGAAAACGACAAGAUUUAAUAGAUUAAUGCAAGAGUUAACGACACAUACGCGAUUAGCUACGGGCGCGAAUAAAGACGCUUUGAAUAUGGAUUACAUGGUCCAUAUUCGAAACGCCAUUACAAAACCUCUAAUAGAUAACGGUGUGGAUGGUAUUGAUGCAGCGAUAAACGUCAUGGGAAAAUAUCAUUUAACGAGAGAGGACUUGGAUUCAAUAAUAGAGAUUUCUGUCUGGCCGGGAAUUCGCGAUCCUACAAGUAAUCUUGAAAGCAAAGUAAAAGCAGCAUUCACACGAGCAUAUCAAAAGAAUCCUCCUAUGUUGCCAUAUGUAAUUAACAGCAAUGCUACAGCAAAGAAAAGAUCUAUGCAGGAUGAUGAUCUAAUAGAAGAGGAAAAUGAUGAAGAAGAGGACGACAGUAUUGAAUUUGACAAAAUGAUUAAGACAAAGAAAUCUAAUACUGCUAGUACUAGUAAAGCUAGUACUAGUAAAGCUAGUACAUCAACAAAAAGAAAUGGUGAACCGGCUAAAAAACGUGGGAAGGGACGUGAUAAAAAAUAGGGAAUACAUAAUAAUAUCAAGGUAUGGAAUGCAAAUUUUAUUUCGAGGAAAAUAUAUAAUUGAUGUAUAGCAUUCAUUUGUUUGCUUAAUUUAUCGGAACAAAAUGUUGUGCAUAUGGAAUGAUCUUUUUUAUAUUUCACCUAUUAAAUUUAUGUCAAAAUGCAAUGACUUUACACGAUAUCAAUGUGCUCUCUUUCUCCUUUCUAUUUGUUUCAAAAUAUACUUUUAUUUUUCCAUA